GCUACUCGCUAGGUGACGCGCUAGACACUAGGCGCUAAGCAAGCCACCUGCCUGUGCGUUUGCGGCCUUACAGAGUCAGACAUGGCCGGUACUGUUGUUGAAAAAAAAAAUGAAUUGGAAAAAGGGGAAGACUAAAACAAAAAAUAUUUAAUCACAGCAAAACAAAAGAAUAAUCGAAUAAUCUAACGUUCAAUCCAUGAGUACCGGUUUUUAUAAUCGACUAUCUUACAGUAUCGAUUUCAAGAGCAUCACUAGCUUUGACAUUUACCAUAACAAUGUGUGUGUUAAUGCGAGUUUAUUUAUAGGAUUCCAUGUGUGUGUAAAAUGAAAAUGGAUGGCCGAUAGAUUCCCGUUUGGCACGUGAAUAGAUAUUUUUAUUUAAUUAUUUGUAAUUAUCAUUUGUCCGUCAAACUGGGUGCCAAAACAGUAGAGCGGUUCCUCAGCCUAGCAGACGACAACUUUGUCGAAGAUGUCAACGAAGACCUGAAAUGUUUCCUUGCCGAAGGAAGAGUUGACAGCGUGCUAGUGUUCCCUCCAGUGAGCAACUACCGUCGCUUCCUUAUCCACAACUCUGUGGAACAGCUGGGCAGAGCUGACCUUGCCACCUUCUCUAUAGGAGUUAGUGACGAGCGACGCACUGUGGUCUGCUACAAGGAGAGAUUGCUGAGUGAUGAAGCUUGCGCGCGACCAGCCAUGGGCCUGACACAGACUGAACGUGACGAUGCCACUAUUUCACAAGCAGCAGCGGUGGGAGGUUGCAAGCCGGCGCAAGCGACGCGGCGCGCGCAGCCUCAGGAAAAGAUCAGAACUGGCUCAACGAAACCUCGUCGUCCCGAUCGCGCCGUGUAUGUACCGCGUGCUUUACGCACCGCGGAUAACGCUCAGCCUGAGGAACACAAGGAGACCAACAACCACCGCAGAACUAGUCACAGCGCGGAAGGAACCAAGUGCCCCAAGUCUCCCGCGCCCAAAGACAAAUCACAACACGGCACCCCUAGGAAAUCCAUAGACAAGACCUACUGCAAUGUGUACACACCACCACAUCUCAGGAAUCAAAGAUCUCAAACGGCCCCAAGCAUAGACGAACCUACAUCGAGCGAUACAAAGGAAUCCGUGCCUUCAGGCUUCCAAGUGCCAAAUAGUGAUAGUGCAAUAUCUUUUAGUGAUAAUAGGUUUAACGACAUAGAAGUAGGCGAGAAUUUUUAUAUAGGAGAUUAUUUCGCUAACGGACAGUUAGGGUUCUACAGCCCGAACUACUAUAGUGAAUACGCCGAUAACAGUCGCGAAAACGCGGCCGAUAGUAGCGACUAUAGAUCAAAUGAUUCCGACGAAAAUAUGGCGGUGAACGAAUCGAAUCAAAGCAAUAAUAUAAUCGAUAACGAUUACCCCUACGCUAAGGACGAAGAUGUGGAGAAGAAUGAGUUGAAGCGAGCGUCCCAAGAAAUUAAUAGGAGUAGCAAGAGAAUUAUAAAACAGAGCUUCCAUUCUGACGUGUUGGUUAUAUCGGAUGCAGUUGAGAAUGAGCCGGAGAAAAAUGAGCCUGAACCAGUUGUAGAAGAGAAAGUAAAAGAACCUGAAUUGAAGAAGUCUAAACCUAAAUUAGAAGCUAAAGUAUCUUUGAAGCGGGAAGAGAACGAUUGGGACGCAGUUUUUGAUGACAGUGGGGAAUGCCUGGAUCCUUCACUUCUUGAAGAGUUGACAACUACAGUUGGGAAAGUUCACAUAACUAAACCUAAGAACAGUUAUGAUCAGUACCAAACUCGAGGUCAGCAGCUUUUCAAUGGACCUUACGACGAAACGUUCGGUCAUGUAGUAGAAGUGUAUGACUUUCCUAGUGAAUUCAAAACGAACGAUUUGUUCUCAUUGUUUAGUGAAUAUAAAGACACGGGUUUUGAAAUUAAGUGGGUGGACGACACGCAUGCGUUGAUCGUUUUCAGCAGCGCCAAAAUUGCUAACGAAGUACUAUCAGCGCAGCGUCCCCUCGUGCGAUGCCGGCCCCUCCACGCCGCUACUCUCGAGUCCAGGAACAAAGCGAAGAAGUGUGCGGAAUUCCUGCAGCCCUAUCGGCAACGGCCAGAGACGUGUACGGCGCUAGCGCGGCGGCUAGUGUCGGGCGCGCUGGGCGUCAAGCUCAGCACGGCGCGGCAGGAACGCGCAGAGGAGAGGCGGCUCAUUACUAUCGCUAGAGAGAAGAAACGUCAGGCGGCGCUACACAAGGAGGCGGCAUGGGACGGCUCGCUCGCCAACCAGUCCGUCGACACGUGAGAUUAGCCACGCGGGCCGGAUUCCAUUUUUUGGGAGAUACGUCUAAGCUCUCACUAAACACGUUCGUUUUACUAAAGUUAAUGUAGUUUUAGAACUAUAGAUAUUUUUCUAUGCGAAAUAUUAGAUUAUACGACGCCUAAGAGGUUUUGGUCCUUUACGUAAGUUCGGUUAAUGCUUAGAGCUUUAAAUUUUAUGUUUAUUUUUGUUCGCUAAUUUUAAUUUUGUGUUUUUUUUUUAAAUAAAGUCCUGUUCUUAUAUUGUUUGUAUGUAUACGAUUUGAAGUGACAGUGAAAACCCUAUGCUUAUAGAAGAAUGUGACUCCAAUCUCAUAUCACAAUAUAUAUUGUAAGUUUUGACGAAUGUUUUAUGUAUAUGUGUGGAAAAAUUGGGUGAUAAAUUGAAAGGGUAGCUAAUAAUUAAUAAUUGCAUGUUUUUAUUUCUUUGAAGGUAUGGAUCAUACUACUUAAACAGUACUAGAAAAAUCGUAUUCAUGACAUUUUAACUGCAUAAUAUUAUUUUCUUUAAGUUAUAUGUAUACAUCUGUAGUAUUCAUACAAGCCAAAUAUUAGUAUUUAUUUAGCUGUCUCAUAUAUUUUAAUAUAGUUUUAUUGUGUAAACGAGUUGAUGGUUUUUGCAUGCGGUCAAAAGCGUGAUAAACGGAUGUUGCUUAAACAGUUUUAUUUAUUUUAAGUACAGAUAAGUUUAGCUUUUUGAAUGCCAAAUAUUGAUCGUGCAAUUGAACCUAGAAACUAGAAACUUUCUAGCAAGUAUCAAGAAUACUUCAACGUAUUUUUAUUUAAAUAUACUGAUGUAUUCCUUUUUAAAAUUAUUUCUUUGUUAAUAAAUUAACCGUGUCGUACCACAAAAAUAUUUAAACGUCUUUUGAACACUUGUCUAAAAAAAUAACAGAUUAUGAGGUUGAAAUAAGGUCCCUUUUAAAAACAAGUGUUCAACAGAUGUUUAAGUUUUUGUAGUAAGGUCAUAAAUGUUUGAUUGCAGUUUUCGUAUUUGGAAUUCAAAAUCGUAUGUAUAAUUUGUUGCGAGUUGUGCCUUCGUUGUCUAGUCUGGUUGUAUGUAACGCUCGGACUUCAAAACCUCUUUGCGUUAACUUUAUUAGACGAAAGUAGGUUUAAUUAUUAGCAAAAUAAUAGUUUUUAAUAUUGCGUCUUAUGAUAAUUAUAGUAAUUAAUUGUUCUAGCGUUCGGAUCGAAGGAAGGUAGUUUUAGAACUACUUUUAUUUUGACUAAAGAUAAAGAUGCCGUAGUUUUGGUAGCAAUGGAGAACGAAUAUUUGAAUUUUGAAUAUAGAAAAAUGUUUUUAAAAAUUGGAAAUUAGAUAUAUGGCGACGGAUUUGAAUCAUUCGUUGUCGUUGUUGAUAAAAAAUGAGAAAAUAUUGUCACGUAACGCGAUAAAAUGUCCUUUUACCGACCUUAUUAGAGUCUUUAUGGCCAGGAACGGAUAGCUAGAUCGAUUUUGUGGUAAAUUCUCAUUUUAUUAAAUGUACUCCUUGCGUUUUGUUGAACUGAGUCCAUAGAUGUAGAAAAUGAACAGAGCGUUCCUGCUUUUACUCUUAGCAGUCGAGUAUAAGAGUGGUUAAAAAUGUUUAUGCAGUUUUUGUUCUUUUUCUAUAUUUACGACUGAAAAUAUCGGAUUAAGUCGGCAGCUAGCCUUAUAGAGGUUUUAUAUUAUUGUGACUUCUUUCAAUAUGAACUUUGCCAACCGCAGCGAUAGAAAAGUGGCGACAAAAGCGAGCUAUACUUCAAAUAAAAUCUCAUCUUUUCUCUAUGUUGAUUAUGCAUGUUACGAAUUCUGUCCUUACUCAUAUCCUGAGACUACUGAACUUUUGUCUUGUUUUAAUAUGCUUUCACUCGCUCUUGUUGUCAUCUACCACAGACUCACGAAAAAGAAUGAAUGAUAUUAUACUGUCAAAAUAAUAUACCGAUCUCUGUAAAAAAAGGUUUGUCACAAAAGAAUAUGUACGUGAAAAAGAUUAAUAUAUUUUGUUACCAGUAUCACAAUUCAGCCAAAGAUCUGAUUAUUAAUUCGGUGUUUUAAAAGUAUUUUACUGACUGGCUCAAUUUUAACAUAAUAUAUAUUUUUUAAUAUGGCAACUUUUGAAUGCUGACACUGAACAUGGAAACUGACAAUUGUAAUGCUAUAAUGUUGCCAGAUGUCAUGAAUUUGCAAUAUACAUAAGCGACAACAGUUCAGAUCCACACUACGGACCCAAGAAAAAAAUGCCUUUAAUAGUCAUAGUUUAAACUUUUAAUUCUGAUAAAUUUAUUUUUACACUGAAAAAUAGCGUGAACGAUUUCUUUUCUUAAAUGAAUUCAUGAUAGAUUUUACCAAUACGUACUUUUGAUUUUAUAUAAAAUCAUGUGACAGGAUUCUCUUAAGUAAUGUGUUUUUUUUUAUAAUUAACUGUGCAAUAACAAUGUACAUAUCUAUGAAGUCAGUUUCACAUCGUACCGUCCAUAUAAACAAUAAUGUAUCACUACAAUAAAUAAAUAUUCUCAUACGUCAUUUUGUUAAGUUUUUAUUUUUCACCUCUGUACAUAAUGUGACUAAAGUUAGCUAAUGUUAGAAAUAAUGGCGAGAGUCAUUGAUAUUAAAACUAGAAAGAUUUUUAGAUUUAAAAUAAUGAUGAAAGGGAAACAUAAUUUUUGCUAAUUUCUGAACACGACCGAAUUUUAGUAUCUACACUAUUCCAACUUCUUUUCAGAAUGUAUUUGCUACAAAUACCGCCGUUCUUUUGACAUUUAGCAAAACAAAUGUAUUACAUUUUUUGUGUACAGUAAGCAAAAAAGGUAAGCUUUUGCAAACUUUACACAGAAUUAUACUUACAGCCAGUUUCUUUAUCAAAAGUAAAAGCCAAAGAAAUGUCAUAAAGUAAAGUAACGGUUAAAUUCGUUUUUCACGAUUUUAUCUAUUCGUUUUGUUGUUACUUUAGCCUUGAAAAUCGAAUUUGACUGUUACUUUUACUUUAUGACAUUUCUUUGGCUUUUACUUUUGAUGAAGAAACUGGCUCUUAGACUAGACUUUUUUAGUGUAGGUAACGAAAAACAUAUACCAAGCACAGAUUAACUUCGUUAUUAUUGUGCCUUUGAUUCUUUCGAAAAAAAUGAAAUAAAAUUUGAUUAAAAUGCAUUUACCAAUAUACACAAUAUACACAAUGUUUUUGAGUUAUCUGCUUUCAACGCAGUUAUAUUUCCGAUGAUCUAAGAGCCAUUUCACAUCAUAGUCGACUUACUGAAAUUGUCUUUGCAUAAUAUUUUUGUCAGUUUUGAUAAACUUUGUGAUCAACAAUUGUAUCCUGUAUUAUUAUGUACCUACUGUGGUACCUUUUGUACACAAACGACAAAAUUCUUAUCAAAAUCCAUGAUUUUAUAUCCUACUUACCAAUUAUUUCGACAUUCAGGAAUUGUAGUUAGGGUCAAAGUACGCAAAUUAAUUUUUGACAUUAAAUCCAUUGUUUGAAUUUACCGGACAUUAUCAACAUUGACUUCUAUCUACUUUACCCGUAACGAACGGUCAAUGAGGCUUGAUCUGUACAAAAUAAAGUAGAGAAUUUUAUUUUUGUAAAAAUAAAGGUUAUUCAAAAAUUGAUAUACAAAUAAAUAAAGUUGUUUGUCUUA